UAGGAAAUUCCCACUCUAAUCAGAUUGCACGAGUAUGCUACAUAAACCAUAGGUCGAAUGAGGUUGAUACUACAUAACAUGUACAAGCUCUCUAAUUUUAAAAGUAAAGAGAGUCAUAGUAGAUUCUAUGAAAAAGGAGAUUCUAGUUGCACAGAAUACAAGUGGAAUGGUCAGUGUCAUCGGAGGAGAUCGUCUUACAAAAUGCUAUCAAAGAUGUCUCCAUUGACUCUAGAGGAGCCGGGAAAGACAAGAUAUUAGGCAACAUAACUGUUGGAGAAAUAAAUAUUUUGCAAUAUUAAAAUAAUUAGAAUGGGCUAGAAUAUGUAUAACUAGAACUAUCUAGCUCAUGUCAACCGACUUAGCAUAGAUUAAUCUAGAAUAGGUAAUUGGGUACCAAUACUACCGAACGUCCGUUUUUUUGUGUGCUCGCUAACAUUGAAUUCCUAUAAAUAAGCAUUGGGCCUCUUUGUAACAAUGCAAGAGAGAGUGAUGACCUGAAAAUAAGUGAGUGCGAGAGUGUUCUAUUUUGAGGUGUGUCGUCGUUGAGCUAGUGGUGUGUCCUCGGGUAUCUAGUGAGGUGUGUCAUCCAAGAGUGUGUUUUGGGUUGUUUCCUCAAAAGUUUUGUAAUGUGGUCUUUUGUAAACUGUUGUAUUUGGUGUUUCGUACACCAUUGUGGAGUAUAAUAAAUUUCCUUUUGUGUAAUCGAUUUUGUAGUACCAUUGAUACCUAACAAAUGCAUGUUAUCUUUGGUAGUUAUUGCGUAUGCUAAGUGGAAAUCUAACUAUUAUCGGAGAUAGUCACAUUUUUAAUGUCGAAUUUUAUAGUGGAAGAUACAAUAUUUUUUAAAAGUCUUCCUUUAUUUUUUCCCACGCCGAGUAUUUAGUUGAUAGUCUUUAUCCCACAUCGAACUCUUACCCGAAAUACUUCAUUUUUUGACCUAUAAAAGGGUUUUAAGUUUCCUUUUAUUUUUUCCAUCGUCUAACUAAAAUAGGCCUUAUUUAAGGGUGUUUUUGACUUUGCUAUAAUUUGGUGAAGUGGUCAAUCAUCGAGGGCGACGCGUGGGGCUACACACAUCGUUCAUUACCAAAGUUUUCAUUUCUAAUUUCAUCAAAUUUGACUGUAUUCGUCUUUGUGGAGCACUAAAGUUCAAUUUCUCGGUGCGAAAAAUUGUGAAUCGUCCAGCAUUCUUCAAGUUUUACGUGCCUUGGCUUGGUGAAGAAAAUCAGAAAAUCCCUCCAAGGUUUAUUCAAUCUCUUCCAGGAAACUGGCCAAAGAAUUGGUCACUUCGAGACCGUUACAACAAUUUGUGGGAAGUGAAAGUGGAAAUGAAUGGCGGUGAUUGGUACUUUAAAGAUGGUUGGGCAAAACUUGCUGAAGAUAAUAAGAUAAAAGGAGGGGAUAUGUUUAUCUAUGAGUAUUUCUCUCAUGGUUUACUUGACUUCAAAAUUCAUGGAGGCAAUGGUUGCAUGACAGAAGGUGUUGGGGGUCGGAUUACUAGGAAUAUUGAAGAGCAGGCGAGUAUAAAGAUAGAACUAGAUGAUGGCAUUGUAAAUCAUACUGAUAAACCUGAUAAUGUUCCUAUCGGUGAAGGACACACACAUGAGAAUUAUGACGAUAAUGACAAUCAAGAUUGCACGCCUAUAGAAGAGAAUCCAAGGGAUGAGUAUAUUCAAGGGGAGCGAGUGACGGAGGUUAAAGAAGCGAAUCACCGAGAUGCUCACACCGUAGAUGAGGAUACAAGAGACGAUGCUCCAUUGGAGCUAGCGAGGGAUGGUACGGCCAGUUCUAGCAAACGUAUCAGAAGAACCUACGAUUGGUACGGUUUAGAGCUCGUCAAUGCCGGGUUCAUUACACCAUCCCCGAAUCCUUAUUUCGUACAGAGGAUUUACUCACUUAUAUAUACCAAAGGAUGUGAUCAAAAGCUUCAAUCUGAAACUCCCUGAGAAUGUGACGCUCCUCGACCCAAAAGGAAGACAGUUUUCUGCCAAGCGCAUGAUGUGGAAGGACGGGAGGACGUUCUACACCGAAGGCUGGAAAAGCCUUUGUGAAGUGAACGAGGUGGAAGAGAAAGACUCGUGCAUUUGCGAGUUCUUGUAUAACGCUGAUGAUCUAUGCAUCAGUGUAAGCUUCUUUCCUCCAAAAUAGCAGCAAGGAGUGGAUUAGAUUAGAAUUGGGGAGUUCACAUUCCUAUAGUUUCAGGGGUUCUUUUAUGCAUUUGAGAUUAUUGUUGGGAUAUGAUUUUUUAUGCAUUUUUAUAACUUUGAUAUUUUUCUCAAUUGUUCUGGUGGGAAGUUGCUUGGUGCAAGAGCUGCUCGGGGAAGGCUUGUUUGGCUGAGAGCCACUUGGCCAAGCCUUCCUUAGGGGUGUUACGUAAUAUCAACACCAGGGAAGUGGAAUUUACUCCAUCGUCAUAGACUAUUCAAUUGUAUUCCGGCCGAGAGUAGUCGCGUGAUUAUCUAGUAAUAAAAUGUCAUUACUUCUGUCUUCAA